CUCCUGAGGCAGACACCUACAGUCUUUUCUGCCUUUAGCCGACCAAACGACACAGCGGCUGAUUCAAACUGCAGACCAAACACAACAAAGCAAGAGUUUUUUUUGGAUCAUUUAGUUUAUUCAGAAUCCAGUUUUUGUUUUUAUACAUUUAUAUACAUUAUUGUGUGUGGAGCAGCCUCAUCAGUCAUGAAUCCUGAAUACGACUACCUGUUCAAGCUUCUUCUCAUCGGUGACUCUGGAGUUGGGAAGUCGUGCCUGCUGCUGCGCUUUGCGGAUGACACCUACACCGAGAGCUACAUCUCAACCAUUGGAGUGGACUUCAAGAUCAGGACCGUCGACAUGGACGGGAAGACUGUGAAGCUGCAGAUUUGGGACACGGCAGGUCAGGAACGAUUCCGAACCAUCACCUCCAGCUACUACAGAGGAGCACACGGCAUCAUUAUCGUGUACGACGUCACUGAACAGGAGUCCUUCAACAACGUGAAGCAGUGGCUGGAUGAGAUCGACCGCUACGCCUGUGAAAACGUCUCCAGGCUGCUGGUGGGAAACAAGUCGGACCUCGUCAGUAAGAAGGUGGUGGACGCUGCCUCGGCUCAGGACCUGGCCUCGUCUCUGAAGAUCCCCUUCCUGGAGACGAGCGCUAAGAGCUCUGACAACGUGGAGAAGGCGUUCCUCACCAUGGCCUCAGAGAUCCACAAGCGUCUGGCCAGCGAGGGAGGGGGCAUGCGGGGUGAGGCCUCACAAGCCAAGGCCCAGAAGAUCAACAGCGCUCCUCUGUGGCUCGGAGGAGAGAAACAGACGUCGGAGGCCAGUAACUGCUGCUGAGAGGAACCGUGGCCCACUGCUCUCAGCGUGUAAUAAAUAAACAAGUCGUCUCGUUUCUGACAGGUUUACCGCAGAAGCUGAAAUCUAAAAACGUGAGCUGGAAUAUUUUCAGACAGUUUCUCUGAGGAUCAUGUUUUACACCAACAGCACAGUUGAGUGAAAAUCGGCAAAAAUACGUAGCUGUCAUGUCAAAGUUCUGAAUCUUAACAAAAACCGUCCGAAAAGCGUCGUGAAGAAACAGUCUGAGUGGUUUGAAGCUGCUGUUACUACGAUCAUUCACUUCUUAUUUAACCUAUCAGCUGUUGUUGUGUUUGUUUGUUGUUUAUUUCUGUCAAUAAAGAUAUAUUUGCAGCAUUUGAUUCAGAAAAUAAAUUUAUCAGUGAAAAAA